GAUCAUGAGUCUGCGCUGAAUGAGAAGCAGAGAAACGUUCAAACGUGAUCACGCCGAGAAGCGAAAAUACUAAUUAUACCAAGCUUGAAAACAGAUUUAUUGUGUUAUCAUGGCCGACGAUGAAGGAUUUGUCGUUCGUGUUCGGGGUCUGCCUUGGUCUUGCUCUGCAGAAGAAGUAUCCAGGUUUUUUUCAGGCUGUAAAAUUUCCAGCAAUGGAUCAGCCAUCCACUUCACAUACACACGAGAAGGCAGACCGAGUGGUGAAGCUUUUGUGGAGCUGGAGUCAGAGGACGACCUGAAGAUCGCGGUCAAGAAAGACAGGGAGUCAAUGGGCCAUAGAUAUGUAGAAGUUUUCAAAUCAAACAAUGUGGAAAUGGACUGGGUUUUGAAGCACACUGGUCCGAACUGUCCAGAGACUGAGGGAGAUGGACUGGUCAGACUGCGCGGCCUUCCUUUUGGAUGUAGCAAGGAAGAGAUUGUGCAGUUUUUUUCAGGGUUGGAAAUCGUGCCAAAUGGGAUAACAUUGCCGGUGGACUUCCAGGGGAGGAGUACGGGGGAGGCCUUCGUGCAGUUUGCUUCACAGGAUAUAGCUGAAAAGGCUCUAAAGAAACACAAGGAAAGAAUAGGGCACAGGUAUAUUGAGAUCUUUAAGAGCAGCAGAGCUGAAGUACGGACCCAUUAUGAGCCUCCGCGUAAAGGCAUGGGCAUGCAGAGACCUGGGCCUUAUGACCGGCCCAGCGGAGGAGGACGGGGCUACAAUGGCAUGAGUCGUGGGGGAUCCUUCGACCGGAUGCGCCGUGGAGGAUAUGGUGGAGGAGUGUCAGAUGGGCGUUACGGUGAUGGUGGUAAUUUCCAGAGUACCACAGGCCAUUGUGUUCAUAUGAGGGGACUCCCUUACCGGGCCACAGAACCCGAUAUCUACAAUUUUUUCUCACCUCUAAACCCGGUCCGUGUGCACAUUGAGAUCGGUCCAGAUGGACGGGUGACCGGUGAGGCUGACGUUGAGUUUGCAACACAUGAAGAUGCAGUGGCUGCAAUGUCAAAGGACAAGGCCAACAUGCAACACCGAUAUGUUGAGUUGUUCCUAAACUCAACAGCAGGGGGCAGUAAUGGGGGCUAUGGAGGGCAGAUGAUGGGAGGAAUGGGAAAUCAGUCAUCUUAUGGGCACGGAGGACAACAGAUGGGUGGAGGAUACACUGGAGGAUACAGCAGCCAGUCCAGCAUGGGAGGCUACAAUGACUACAAUAGCCAGGGUGGGAUGAGCAACAGCUAUUACGGUGGCAGCCGUGGCUCGGUGGGCAUGAAUGGCAUGGGAGGUGGCUGGGGCAUGUAGAUGCACCCGAAGGAGUAUUCUUAAGUUUAGGGUCGUCUUGAUUCUGCUGAGGCCGUCUGGGUUUUGUUCUCUGUCGCAACGAUGAAUAUGGGGAGGAUCCGAUUCACACUUUGCCCACCUGUACUCUGAACCUCAGCGUUGGAAUCAGUGUUAUUUCCUGCAUUUCCUAAGUUUAAGGGUCAGAAGGCCCCAUUAUUAAUGCUUGUAAAUAUCCUCCAGACGUAUCGAUCACUUCAGAGACUGUAGCACAUCGGCCUUGCAUGGCAUGAGGAGCUGCAACUCCACUUUUUAUAAUGCGCAAAGAACUUUGUCGAAACCUUAUUUUUUAAAAAGUGAACUGGAAAAUGUUUCUUUCUUUUUCUUGUCCAAGCUACUUCACGAAUGCAUAUUUUAAUUUUCAUUAUUGUAGACGCCACAGUUUCCCUCUUUUGGUCUGUCUUUGAUUUCUCAUAUGUGUGGGUAAUAAACAUUCACAAAGGUAUUGUCUCUAAUUCA